AUGCAUGAAUAUUCGGCAGUACCCCAACAACAUCCACCCGAAAUUGAGAGUAUUCCGCUUGAUGUUAUUGAAUGUCAACUACCUGCUGUUAAUUCAAUCGGGGAAAACUGGUCGUCAGCUGCAGCAGUCGGGUCGCUAGCAUCUACAAACACAGAUAGAAAGAGAAACUGGAGGAAUAUUGAGAGCAGUGGUAGUCAACAACACAAAAAUCCUGAACUUCAUGCCAGCAACACCAGCGGACAAAUCGCAGAACAAGACACGGGGGCUUCGUUUAAUCCCCCCACAAAACUGAAAAGCAGUAAUCUUCGAAGACGAAGCAGACCUCAACAUUUCACAAGAAGCUUGUAUCCUGUUCAAACUACUGCUGGAAUUUUUACAGCCGCUGUUGCACAACCCGAACACAUCGAGUUAAAAACAGUUGACCAGUUAAAAACAUUGAACACUCAAGGACAAACCACAAAUCCAGAUUUAACGGAUUAUUAUUAUCAUCCAGUGCCUAAGAAAGCGGCUUUACAAAGAUCUCCUUUUUAUCACUUGUCCGGCUCUUUACGGUCUAAUAUGGACGAUGAUUCUGAUAUUUCAAACCAAGCAAGAACUUCUCGAACUACAAGAAGCCAGUCAGCUGUUGUUGCAAACGAACCAGAAUUUACCUCUGUCGUCAGUUCAAACAAGCCGACAGAAGCCCCAACUGCAACCAGAUCCUCAAAAUCAGGGCCACCUAUUUUAGAGUCCAAGGAGACGAGCUUGCCUAAAACGGUCGAGUUUUUCCAGGGUCGAUCGUUUUUCGGCGAUACCGAACUUCAUAGGAUGGUUGGGGAUCUCCGAAAACAGAUGUCUACAAAGGGCCUGUGCGUCUUCGACCAUUUUAUGGGAGAGGAGAAAGGCAAAAAGAUUUUGAGUGAUGUUCUUAAAUUAUAUGAACAAGGGGGUUUUGUUAAUGGUCAGUUGGAGUCGUCCCUCAAAACUCCCCCUCCUUCUUCUUCGUCUUCUUCUUCAUCGCCAAAUCAGAGAGUGGUACGCGGAGAUGUGAUCACAUGGUUAACUGGUAACGAGAAUGGAUGUAACAAUAUUAAAUACCUUAUGGAACGUAUUGAUGCAACGGUAAUGAUGUGUGGAGAAAACUUUGGCGGUUACACCAUCAAACAACGAACGCGAGCUAUGGUGGCGUGUUAUCCUGGGAACGGAACUUACUACUUACGACAUAUCGACAACCCGUGCCAGAAUGGACGAGUCCUCACCUGUAUUUAUUACCUGAACAUUAAUUGGGAUGCCUGCAGGGAUGGGGGUCUGCUCCGAAUUUACCCACAGGGAAGUCCUGAAGUAGCGAACGUCGAACCGAUAUUUGACCGUUUGUUAUUUUUCUGGUCAGACAGUCGCAACCCCCAUGAAGUAAAACCAUCAUAUAGGGGUCGCUUUGCUAUCACCUUGUGGUACUAUGAUGAGCAAGAACAGGCUGAGUGGCAAAGACGUCGAGGGGCCGAGAUUCAAACUACUCCGUCGUCAAAUCCUUAA